UAAAUUUUGACCUCUCAUGUCAUGCGUGUACUGUCAAUAUGCUUAAGGAGCAGCUCCUGAAUCACGAGGACCUGCUCGAGUCACUGGACACAGAGCCCAUUUUCGACUACCUCCUCCAACACGGCGUCUUGGACAAGACAGCCAUUGACGGGAUUUGUAAUGAAAAGACGACCAAGGAACGGAACACUGCCCUGCUACGGCACCUCGAAGGCACUGGGAACAAUGCAGUGGCGCUGUUCAUCAACGCGCUGCGGCAGUCGGGACAACUUCACCUGGCCAGCACUCUGGACACAUCCCAAAGGAUUAAGCCUAUCUACGGAACAGGUUACUGGGAGAAACAGAGACACAAAGGUCAAGUCAUGGUCAAAAUUCAGGUCAAGUCUGUCAAGGUUCUUGUACCUGUUGAAGAAUCACCAGACAAGCGAUAUCGAACCAGAGAUCUUGACGUCAAGAUGACACCGCGCAGACUCCAUAAGUCGUAUGACAACAUGCUGAUGCUUGAUCCAGAUGAACAGCCCACGCCAAAACCAAUCCGCAUUGUGGAUUAUCCUUAUGCUAAAGAUGAAGAGGAAGAGGAUGAACCCAUCAAGCCUAAGAAAUCUUGUUGGUGCAUGUGUUUUCCUAUGUUUCGUAGUCGUCGAAAAACGAUCAAGGAAAAGAAAUAUACUGAGAAGGGGGCACCAGGUAAAGGUUCCCAGAAUUCACAGUCCCCAUCACGAGAGAAACUUAACCCCAGAUCAAUAAGUCCCACCAAACAGAAAAUGAACUCCCCCUCAAAGGGAAGUAACUCUGGUUUGACCAAUCCAUGCGAGAAGGCGCUUAACGGGAAUUCCCACUCACGGACCAACAGUCCCUUGAAGGACUCACGGACAGAAUACAAGAACAGUGUUAAUGAACAGCGAACACAUUUAAAACAAGAUCCCGAUAACAAAGAAAAUAUGGACCCUGUAAUAAUGAGAUAUAACGAUCAGUUGGAAUUGGUCGAACUAAAACGUUACUCACACAAAUCAAGUCCAAAACGUCAUGCCUCGUCAAAUUCCCUCAUGUGUGAAAAGUGGAAACAUGAUGGUAAGCAUUACGAGGAAAAAUCAAGUGAAUUUUAUGGGCUGUUUGACAGAGAUCUGAAAAACAGCUGCAUAAAAUAUUUCGAACAGGAUCGAGGGACACUCAUCUUGCAGAUUUUCAGCGAUAACCAAGGAAUAACUGUUUUCAAUAUUUGCAUGACUCUAGACCAAGUCUCGAACCUUCAUGAAGACUACACUGACGGCAAGCUACAGCAGAAACUACAUUCUAUUCUCAUGGCUAAUGGGACCAUUGAACGACUGGAUGUGCUCGACCUUGACCUUGCAAUUACUAUCGAGGACAACCAGUUUGAUGAAGCAACACAAGAGCUUACGUGAUGUUUAAUUUGUGGCAGUGAAUGGCGGCCAUAUGCAAUUACACAUCCAUACUUCAAUAUUUCCACUACAGAACCAACUCGGGAGCACAUCUCACGUUUUACGACACUAGCUGUACGACGUUUCCAGAGACAAGGAGAAUAACAAAUACAAAAUAUCAUCUGAUGUGACAAACUAACUGUCGGAGUUAUCUACAUAUCAGAGACGCAUCGAGUAAACGUGAUUGAUUACCCAUUGCACAAAGAUUCAUGAUCAUCAAAAUCGACUACAAUCACGGUGACUGUCAGUAUAUCACACGCGCGGACAUGCAAAGUUGACAAGUUUUCUUGUGUUUUUCGAGGAGAGAUAUAUAUGUUCUCAAUCAAGAUGUUUGAAAUGUGCAUCAUUUCACUAUCCGUUGGUCCUGUUGCAAUGAAAGACACACCAAAUACAGCGAUUAUUAAUCGACAAAUUCCUACAUGGUUGCCAUUUAUGGUACCAUAACCCUGACACGAUCGAUUCACCUGUUUGUGUGAUGUGAAAUGUAAAAUAUAUAUGUGUGGUUUUUGCCUUGUGUUUUCGGCGGUUGUCAUUACAUGUAUAAAUUAGCACCAAUAACAAUGUAGAAUCUAGCUCAAUGCGAUGGACAGCAACAGUGGUGCUCCAAUCAUCCAAUAUCAAUUCUUUUAGCCGUCAUUACCGAUCCUCAUACUGUUGAAAGGCUAAGCACUGAGUGCUCACCAUUUUAUAAUUUCUGUCUGGGAUACGUACAUUGCAGCGGCCACCUCGUACAUUGCAGUUGUAAAUGUGUAUAUUACAGCGGCCAUCAUGUAUAGCAUUCACAGACUGAUGUCAACUCACUGUAGUUGUCAAAUGUUUGUUUCCUUUAAGAACCUAAUAGUGCUGUGUUGCCAUGGUAAUGGACAACCUCAGUUGGAAAGUCUGUUGCUAGGUUUGGAGAUUAUCUGUAGUGUACAAAAAUUGUGAUUGCAGUGAAUGUGAAAAUGUCUCAUAGUUUUUGAGGAGUUUAUGCAUUUAUGCAGAAAUGUGGAGUAUCUAGAUCAAGUUUAUGCACACUGACUUAUGUGAUGUUUGUAUCGUACAUUUCACCUGCUCUUGAAGCACCCCUUUCACACUUUACAAACAUUGGAGACAAAAAGUUCAUAGUGUUAUUGUUCAAAGAAAGAACAGGAUGUGAUGCUUCUUUCUUUCCAAACAUUUAGUGAACAAACAGGAGGAUUAUGUCUAAUAAUUAGAAAGACUUUAUUCACUAGUUUGAAUGACAAAAUGGCAGAUUUGGUGAAACCAUUAAAAUAUUGUGAUAUUUUUGUGAUAGAUAUAUAUGCUGGUUUAAUUAAUAAAGUACCAAAAUGAUACUUUUUCAUUGUGUGCUCAAUUUACAAUAUCUGUUAAUAUAAAUUAUUAAAAGCACCUCUCUUAUAGAUAGGGUGACAAGUAACUACUUAACGGAUUGACCCUGUGAUAAUACAUUUCAAUAUUUGCAAGAAAGCAUUUUUCCUUGUAAAUUUAGAGAUAGAUUAAGCGAUAAAUUUACACAUUUUAGUUU